GCUGAGCUUUCUUCCUUUGUCCCCUGAACUGUUCAUCAUAUGUUUCUGCGUUCUGCUUAUGUCUUAAUCUAGGCACUAUUCCCUCUUUGAAACAUCGUCUUUUUUUCUUUGCCAUCUCUCUGAUUGCGGGUCAAUCUCGAGGUCGUCCUUUCACCCCAUCUUUUGAGCAUCUCAUUCCUUAGCUCAAAGAUCGAGCAGCGUCUUUCUUUUCCAUCGCAUCAUGUCAUCUAAGCGCAAUCGCGUUGUUUUUAUUGCCGUUCUCACUACUCUUCUCAUCUUCUACCUUCAGAGCCAAACAGGCCAAAGAACAUCAUCAUGGCUAUCACGUGCCAAAAAAGACGUUGACUGGUCGCGUUUUGCGUACACGCAAUAUGUCACGAACAGCGAGUAUUUGUGUAACUCACUCAUGUUCUUCGAAGCUCUGAAGCGUUACGGAAGUCGACCUGAUCGUGUUAUGAUGGUUCCUGAAAGCAUGCUUGAGCCAGAGAUGGUGAACUCAAGUGAUGCUUAUCUGUUGAACAAAGCGCGCGAUGAGUAUAACGUCAAACUUGUUCCGAUUACAAUUCAGACAAACUGGGCAGGUGACGCUACUUGGGCAGACUCAUACACCAAGCUUCUGGCGUUCAACCAAACUAAGUAUGAUCGUGUACUGUCCAUCGACUCAGAUUCUCUCCUGUUACAAGCAAUGGAUGAACUAUUCUUCCUACCGGAUGCACCUGUGGCUAUGCCUCGAGCAUACUGGAUAUCACCCGAGAAGAUCCUCUCAUCGCAACUCAUGCUUAUCCAACCUUCCGAGACAGAAUUCUCCCGCAUCAUGGAAAGAGUGCAAUCAGUAAAGUCUGGCGAGUACGACAUGGAAAUCGUCAACCAGCUUUAUGGAGAUAGUGCUUUGAUCUUUCCACACCGUCGCUACGACCUUCUAAGCGGCGAAUUCCGCAACGAUAAGCAUGCUCACUAUCUCGGUUCAGAACUGGAAACAUGGGACCCUGCUGCGGCGUAUAGUGAGGCUAAGCUAAUUCACUUUUCGGACUGGCCACUACCGAAGCCUUGGAAACCUAUGCCUGAAGAAGAUCGACUUGCGGCACAGCCUAAUUGCACACGAAUGACAAGUGGCGAGGAAGACUGUACGACGAGAAUAAUUUGGAAUUCGUUGUAUACUGACUUUAGAACGAAGAGAAAGGAAACCUGUGAUUAUCGUGUAGAGACAAGAGAGUCUGCCGCAAGUGGAACGAUGUUGAUCUAGAGUUUAAGAGUAUGGUGGAAUCUACCAGAGGGCCGAGUUCCGAAUGGAGUUUGGGUUUGUUAGAUAGCAGGGGCAUUGCACAUGACGAGUCCGAGUUAAGCAACUCGGUCAAAAAUGAUUACUUAGAUAAUGGUAAACAGAACAUAGAGCCCGACUGAACAUUAUUGAGUGCCUUCGCCCUGUAUCAACAAAGUGUUUACACCGACUCUAGGACAUACUUCAUGUCCUUCGCACACUUCUUGGAGAACUAGAAGAUUUUUGGGCGGAUAAUACAUGCAAACGAACUGUCC